UGGAGUUCAGAGUCCUGGAAUCUCGACUGAAGAUGAAAGAGGAUAUCAUGUUCGACAACCAAUCGAAACCGUGCAGAUCCAGGGUUGACUCCAAAAGCAACCAAAAUCCUCUCAAGCCCAAAUUUGGGUCAUCAUGGGGGUCCCAAAUUGUCAAGGGGUUCACAGCUGACAAGAAAACCAAGAAGGCGUCGGCCAUUGCAAGCAAGAAGCCGCCUCUUGCAAGCGUGGAGAAUGUCAACCAGAGCAACCAACAGAUCCAAUACCAUUCUAGGGUUAAGAGAUCUCUGAUAGGAGAUUUUCCUUGCUCACCUGCUGGUUCUCAAGUUCAUCCCCAUGUCUUUGAUUGCCACGGUAUUAGGUCCCCUGCAUCUCAUGAUCUCUUCUUUGAGUUGGACCAUCUCAGGGAACAACUACGUGAAUCGAAGGAAAGGGAAUCAGCAUUGCAAUCAGAGUUGCGGCAAUGCAAAGAAAAUCCAAGGGUGUCAGAACUCGAGAAGGAGCUUGACUCUAGGAAGAAUGAGAUUGACAGGCUUGCACGGCUUAAAACAUCGUUUGAAGCUGAGAAAACAAGUCUUUCUGAGCAGUUAUCAGCUCUAUCUUCUAUGGUGGAGCAGCACGAGGAAACGGUAAGAUUGGAUGCGCAUGGCAGUAGGGCAUCUGUUACAGGUCGGGACAAUGCAUCUUGUUCAGGGAACUUGGAGUUCGAAGUUGUUGAGCUGCGACGCUUAAACAAAGAGCUUCAGUUUCAGAAACGAAGUCUUGCAAUCAAGCUCUCUUCAGCAGAGUCCAAAUUGGCUGUCCUCGAAAAGAAUGCAGAGAGCGAGAUAGUUGCAAAGGCUCAAGCAGAGGCUUCGUUGUUGCGACACACAAAUGCGAACUUGAGCAAGCAAGUUGAGGGCCUACAGAUGAGUCGGCUAACUGAGGUUGAGGAGCUUGCUUAUCUUCGGUGGAUCAAUUCAUGUUUACGUCAUGAGCUCUGUGGCUCAGAUCAAGCACCUAGAGCAAUCUCUGAUAUUGGUUACAAUGAUGGCAUGGCUUGUAAUGAUGACCAUUGUGAUGGCGAUGGUCCAAAUGCUGACAAAAGUUCUGAUGAUAAAAGACUAAGCAUUGCUGAACGUAUCAAGCAAUGGUCUCAGAAUGAUAAGAAUUGUCAAACAUCUAAAAAGGAAUCACUUCUUGAUAGAGCAUGGAUUGAAGCCACUGAAGCGCGAAGCCCAACACGUAGGCACUCACUUGGUGGAUUAAAGGGAUGUACACAGGACUUGAACAUUGUGAAGAGGAGGCAAUCUGAUACCUUUAUCUGCCUUCCAGAGGCAGCAGAUGAAGUAGCCUCUUGUAAUACGGAUCAGACAAGCAGGGAGAAGAGUGAUCUUCUAAUGGACAAAUAUGAUUUUGGUCAAUCUGAUAGUCCAAGAUUUAUUCUUGGCAAACCAGAAAUAUGCAAGUCUCAAUGCUUGGAUGUCGAAAAGCGCACUCUGCGCAUUCCAAACCCUCCUCCAAGACCUUCAGUGUCCCUGCCACAUUCAUCUGGCCCAUCAAAUGGACCGACUGUAAAUCCACCCCGGCCUCCUCCACCUCCUCCUCCACCGAAGUUUUCCACAAGGAAUACUGGGGUCAUGAAGAGGGCACCCCAAGUUGCAGAGCUUUACCAUUCACUUAUGAGAAGGGACUCAAAGAAAGAUACUUCUGGGGGUGCAAUCUGCGAAACAGCUAACUCUGCAAAUGUGCGGAGUAGCAUGAUUGGUGAAAUCGAGAACCGUUCUUCACAUUUGCAGGCUAUCAAGGCGGAUGUUGAGACUCAAGGUGAAUUUGUGAAAUCGUUGAUCAAGGAGGUGACUGAUGCAGCUUACAAAGAUAUAGAAGAUGUGGUUGCAUUUGUGAAAUGGCUCGACGAUGAACUCGGUUUCCUGGUGGAUGAGAGAGCAGUCCUGAAGCAUUUUGAUUGGCCCGAGAGGAAGGCAGACACUCUAAGAGAGGCAGCUUUUGGCUAUCAAGACCUCAAAAAAUUGGAAUCAGAAGUUUCGAACUACAAAGAUGAUCCACGCCUUCCCUGUGACAUUGCACUUAAGAAGAUGAUAACAGUGUCUGAAAAGACGGAGCGAGGUGUUUACAGUGUUCUGAGGACAAGGGAUGCAAUGAUGAGGCAGUGCAAGGAGUUUAACAUCCCUACUGACUGGAUGCUUGACAACAAUCUUAUUAGCAAGAUAAAAUUUGCUUCUGUCAAAUUAGCAAACAUGUACAUGAAAAGAGUGGCUAUGGAACUUCAGUAUAUGGGACCUCUGAACAAGGAUCUAGCUCUGGAGUAUAUGCUGCUUCAGGCUGUGAGAUUUGCCUUCAGAGUUCAUCAGUUUGCUGGAGGGUUCGACACUGAGACCAUGGAUGCAUUUGAGGAGCUGAGGAAUCUUGUUCACGUCAGGAACAGUACCCAGUAGGGAGGCAAUCGAAUGUAGUGUGAUGUGAUUUUGUCUGGGAAAAUUGUGGCUUACCCUCUCAGUAAGCAUGACGGAUAAUUUGAAGGAUUGGCCAUUGGUGUGUAUGUAUUCGUGUGUGCUAGCCUGAAGAAACCAGCUUUGGUGUGCGUAGGCGUAGGAAUUUGGUAGAAACAUUGAUGGAACAUGUGGAAGCUAUAUGUGGAUAUGCUCCUAGUGGGCAUUGGUGACUGU